AUGGGUAAAGCUGAGAUUGAAGAAGAGGUGGAAGGAGAUCGCGUCGAAACUACCGAUUACUACUUCGAGAGAAUCGGCGUUCCUCUCUGUAUCAAAGACGAUGACGCUCAGUACGAUCUCGAUAACCCUCCGUCACAGCCUCUAGCUAUCUCCGAACGCCGCGGCCUCGUUUUUAUAGCAUAUUCCUCCGGGUUUUUUGUUGGAAGGACCAAGGAUGUAAUUUCUGCUGCCAAGGAUAGUAACGGGAAAGGUAGUAAGGUUUACAUCCAGGAUUUGAGCCUCGUUGAUGUUCCUGUUGGGGACGUUCGUAUAUUGUCUCUCUCAGCGGAUGAUUCUAUUCUCGCUGUCUCCGUCGCUGCUGAUAUUCAUUUCUUCUCUGUCGAUUCACUUCUUCAGAAGGAUGCAACACCUUCUUUUACAUAUUCACCUGAUGAGUCGGGCUUUGUUAAGGAUUUUCGGUGGACAACGAAAGAUAAACAUUCUUAUCUUGUUCUUUCAAACCAUGGGAAGCUCUUUCAUGGAAUUGAUAAUGCUCCCCCUAAACAUGUUAUGGAUGGUGUUGACGCUGUUGAAUGGAGUUCAAAAGGGAGUUAUAUUGCUGUGGCUCAAGAUAAUAGCCUGCGGAUUCUGUCGUCAAAGUUUAACGAGAAGCGGUGCAUAGCACUAUCGUUUGACAACUGGAUUGGUGAUUCUACUGAAAACUGUGUUGUGAAAGUUGAUUCUAUCAGAUGGGUACGCCAGAACUGUAUUCUUCUCGGAUGCUUUCUGCUGAUUGACGGCAUGGAAGAAAAUUACCUUGUUCAGGUUAUCAGGAGUCCAGACGGGAAGAUUACUGAUAGUCAGUCCAAUCUGGUUGCUUUGUCCUUCUCUGAUUUGUUUCCAUGUUCGAUGGAUGAUCUUGUUCCGGUUGGUGUUGGACCUCACUUGCUCUUUAGCUACAUAGACCAAUGCAAACUGGCGAUCACAGCAAACAGGAAGAGCAUAGAUGAGCAUGUUGUUUUGCUUAAUUGGUCACCCAGUGAUGAUCAAAGUGCAGUAACUGUUGUUGAUAUUGAUCGAGAGACCUACUUACCAAGGAUUGGACUCCAAGAAAAUGGAGAUGACAAUACGAUCAUGGGUCUCUGUACCGAUACGGUUUCUGUUGAGGGGAGCGUUAAAGUCGGUACUGGAGAUGAUGAUAUGAAAGAACUCUCGCCAUAUUGUGUUCUUCUGUGCCUCACUUUGGAAGGAAAGCUGGUCAUGUAUAAUGUUGCUAGUGUUGCAGGGCUCCCAACUACAUCUGAUUUUGAUUUGGUCUCCUCUUCUGAUAUUGAAGAUGCUUAUGCCCCUUCAACUGGAGAUGAUCUUUCUAAUCAGUCUUCUGAAGAGCCUGAACCACAAUGGAAGUUGAAUGCUUCGAUACAAAAUGAGAAGAGAAGCCUGACCUCGGAGAAUUCAGUUUCUUUGUUACCUACCGAACAAAGGUUCCCAAAUGAAGAAAAUUCCAGAAAGGAAAUCGAGUCUUUUAAAACUUCAGUGUCUGGGGACAUCAACGGGAAACAAGCACCCUAUGCUGAAAAAUCAUUACAAGCUGCAGAUGCUCAACAAAGCAUGGUUCCUAGGCAGUUCGGAACAAGUUUUGGGAAACCUCUUUUGUCCUCAGGAUAUGACACCAACAAAUUUGCAGAAUCUAGUUCUAUCCUCCCUGUUUCUGAUAAGCUUCAAAAAGAGAAAUCUGAGCAGUCUAGUUCUCUGCAUUUUCCGUCCAGUUUUAGUUCAAAGAGCACAGCAGCAUCAUUUUCAUUUCCUGGGAUGCAAAACGCUUUUGUUCCGUCACCAGAAAAUACACCACCUCAGCCAUGGUCAAGUGGGAAAGGCGUCUCAGCUCCAGGUUUUCUCUCUGGUCCUUUUCCUUCUGUGAAAGAUACUCAGCAUAAGCAAUCUGAACAGACUGGAUCUGAUUAUGUGAAUCCUCCUACAACCUUCAAAGAGAAGCCUGUACAAGUUAUUGAGUCUGCCAGAGCAUCAGCUUUGGGAAAUAUAACUCCUCCGCAAGGCCAAAAUCAGGACUCUGAUGAAGGGGUAGAAAAAAUCGAGCCAAUUCCGUCUAUCCGUGCCUCUCAAUUGUCACUACAAGUGAAAUCUUCCUUCGAAAAAUCCUCAGGUCAUCAGCAGCACAAAUCUCCGCUCAAUCCUGGACCUCUGAGACUUGAGCAUAACAUGUCAAAGCAACCCAGUAAUAUAAAUGAGAUGGCGAGAGAAAUGGAUGCGCUUUUAGAGUCCAUUGAAGGACCAGGUGGUUUCAAGGAUGCUUGCACCUUUUCACUUAAAAGUCAUAUCGAAGGAUUGGAACAAGGACUUGAAAGUCUUGCUGGCAAGUGCCAAACGGGGAAGAGCCUAAUUCAGGAGCAGGAAGCAGAUAUCCAACAUCUUCUGGACAAAACAAUUCAAGUUUUGGCAAAAAAGACAUACAUGGAGGGCAUGUAUAAGCAAACUUCUGAUAACCAGUACUGGCAACUUUGGAACCGCCGGAGGUUGAAUCCUGAGCUUGAGGCUAAGCGGCAGCAUAUUACGAAGCUAAACAAGGAUUUGACUCAUCAACUGAUUGAACUAGAGAGAUAUUUUAAUCGGCUUGAACUCGAUCGCUACCAAGAGGAUGGAGGGCUUCCUUUUACCCGAAGAGGUGUGCCAAAUAGGUCUACUCCUUCAAGACGUGUGCAGUCCCUUCAUAGCCUUCAUAACACAAUGAGUUCCCAACUGGCAGCUGCUGAGCAGCUCUCUGAGUGUCUUUCAAAACAAAUGACAUUUUUGAAAAUAGAGUCACCUGUCAAAAAGAAUGUGAAGCAGGAGUUGUUUGAGACAAUUGGGAUCCCUUAUGAUGCUUCUUUCAGCUCACCAGAAGCUGUAAAAGCUAAAAAUACAUCUUCAGCGAAAAAUCUAUUACUCUCUUCUAUUCCUGCAAGUAUAAAUGCACAGUCAAGACAACGUCAGUCAUCUGCUACGAAAAGUUCUGACCCUGAAACUGCAAGGAGGAGGAGAGAAUCACUUGACAGGAACUGGGCUGCUUUUGAGCCUCCAAAGACAACUGUCAAAAGGAUUCUUCUGCAGGAGCAGCAGAAGACGGGUAUGAACCAACAGACUGUGUCGAGUGAGAGAGUACGGUCUACGAUUAAUACACAAGAUCAAUCGCUGCUUCGCCUGAAAGAUCACGGAUCACCUGUAGUCUCCUCGAAUAAGGGAAGAAUGGAAUCAUUCCGACAAGACGCCUCUGAAGCUCAAUUAAAUCCGUUCAGAUCAACGCCACAAUCUAACAUUCCCUUUACCAUCUCUCCAAUCACUGCGUCAAAGCCAAGUUUCAAUUGGUCUGGACAUAAGUCGAACAGUACAGCUUCUUAUGCUGAGGAACCUGCCCCGUUGCAGAGUAAGGAUACUAAGUCAGUUUCACAAUCAGGAGGAUCAAAUUUGCUUCUGAAACGACCAGUGGCCUCGACUGUAUUUGACCAGACAGAAAAGAAUGCUGGAGAAGUGAAAGUUUCUGAAGGCAAGGCAAAUGUGUUUCUUAAUACAGCUGCUAAAUCAAGCCAAAGUUUUGGCGUUCAAACCAGUAGCAGUAUCCUUGGUGAUAAAAUAACGUAUCCUGUUGCAACGGUAUCAGUUUCAUCUUCGCCUUUGUCUAGAACGUCGCUUGAUUCCUCUUCAAAAGAUUCAGUUCCAGCAUCUACUCCCAUCAGCGUGGCCCCCGCCCCUCAAAUGUUUUCAGUCACAUCGACAUCUACAGUAUCAGCUACAAGUUUCAACGUUCCAUUUGGUAAAACGUUGACCAGUGCCAGUUUGGAUCUCAAUCAAGCGGCUACGCCAACACCUUCUCAAUCACCUGGCCCCACAGCUGGUUUCUCUUUUAAGUUACCAGCUUUGUCUCCAUCAUCCCCUGAAAUUGGCUCAUCUUCAGCAGGCCAAUCUUCACUAUUUCCACCAUCUUCUGAAGCAUCACAAGUGUCAUCUACUCUGGUCUCUGCUACCAGUUCCCUACCAGAUAGUAAUCGUUUGUUUUCAUCAACCUCAUCAUCUUUGCCUGCUCCAGUUACUUCGACCGCUCCUGACGUGUUUCAGUCUCCUCAAGUUUCCAUCCCGUCUUCUACUGUGUCCCUUACAGAGCCAGCAGUCUCAGAACCUAAAAAGCCAGAGGCUCAAAAUUCGACAAUUCCAAGUACGGAAAAUACUGUAGAUUCCGUAGCAAAUGCAACAAAAUCACAGACUGAGCUGCUGCCAGUGAAAAAUGAGAUUUCAAACCCAGAGACUACAGUAACCCCCGUCAGUUCAUCUGGGUUCCUGUCUGGAUUUUCAUCCGGAACACAGUCUAGUCCUGUAAGCACGGCACCUCCUUCAUUCAGUUGGCCAGGUAGUUCGCAGCCGCAACAACAAUCUUCUUUCCCUGCAUCCUUAUCAACUUCUGCAAGUCCAUUUGGUGAGAAGAAAGAGACUGUGGAUUCACAGGAAGAUGAAAUGGACGAAGAAGCUCCAGAGGCUAGCCAGACGACUCAACUUAGUAUGGGUGGUUUCGGCGGUUUUGGGCUUGGGUCAACUCCAAACCCGUCUGCUCCCAAAGCGAACCCAUUUGGUGGUCCCUUUGGUAAUGCUACAACAACAACAACAAGUAAUCCGUUCAAUAUGACUGUCCCCAGCGGCGAGCUAUUCCGACCUGCUUCAUUCAGUUUUCAAAAUCCUCAACCAUCUCAGCCCACAGGUUUUGGUGGAUUUUCUACAACACCUUCACAAACUCCCACUCAGAGCGGAUUUGGCCAAGCGUCACAGGUUGGUGGAGUAGGUCAGCAAGCUCUAGGAUCGGUUCUUGGUUCAUUUGGACAGUCGAGGCAGAUAGGUGCUGGUCUCCCUGGUGCUACGUUUGGCUCUCCUAGUGGAUUUGGUGGCUCCAGCCCAGGAAGUGGUGUCCCAAACGCACCAGCAUCUGGAGGUUUUGCAGCUGCUGGUUCAAGUGCCACUGGCGGCUUUGCAGCCAUGGCUUCAGCUGGUAGAGGAUUUGCUGGUGCUUCUUCUAGUCCGACUGGUGGCUUCGCUGCUUUAGCCUCAGGUGGUGGAGGCUUUGCCGGUGCCGGUGCUGCUCCAGGAGGCUUUGCUGGUGCUGCUCCAGGAGGAGGUGGAUUUGGUGGACUUGGUUCUGGCUCCGGAGGUUUUGGAGGCUUUGCUCCUCCUAAUAGUGGAGGUUUCGCCGGAGCAGCAGGAGGUGGUGGUUUUGGAGGUUUCGGCGGCCAAGGCCAAGGACAAGGCCAAGUCGGUGGUGGUGGGUUCUCAGCCUUUGGUGGCAACUCCGGAGGAGCAGGAAAGCCAUCGGAACUUUUCACACAGAUGAGAAAAUGA